UGACAAAAUGGAACCCACCAGCAGUGUGAGGAGACCUGAAAUGUGGCACAUGGCAGAGUGUGGCGAUGGAGACAGCAGCAAUGGGAGGCCGUACAGGGACCCAUGAGACACUCUGGACCUUGGCAGCAGCAUGAGGAGUCGGUACGGGGGCCCAUGGCAGAUUACGGGCCUGGCAGCAGCAAUGGGAGGCCCGUAAUCUGCCAGCACCCUAUGACAAAAUGGAACCCACCAGCAGUGUGAGGAGACCUGAAAGUGGCACAUGGCAGAGUGUGGUGAUGGAGACAGCAGCAAUGGGAGGCCGUACAGGGACCCAUGAGACACUCUGGACCUGGGAGCAGCAUGA